CUAGAAUUGAAUGGAAUAACGACAAUAUUUUUCUCAGCUAGGCACAGCACUCCUCCGCACUUACCAUCUUCGCCCCAAUUUCAAUUCAAAUCUCACUUCAUUCUUAAAUUACUGCUUAAAUCACACCUAACGUCUUCUGGGUAUCAUCUUCCUCAUCGAUAUCGAUCCGAUCUGAUCUGAUCUGAUCGAUUAAGAUCAAGAAAAAUGGCGAUGGCGAGGGCAAGCUCUGGCCUCGCAUACCCAGAUCGUUUCUUCGCCGCCGCUACUUACGCCGGCUUCGGUGGCUCCCCCAAUUCAUCUUCCAAAGGGGUCACCUCCAAAUUCUCUAACGACGUCGCUCUUUUGCUUUACGCCUUGUAUCAACAGGCAACUGUUGGACCUUGUACCUUACCAAAACCAAGAGGUUGGAGUCCUGUGGAACAAAGCAAAUGGACAAGUUGGAAUGGUCUUGGAAACAUGGCUUCCAUUGAAGCUAUGCGCCUCUUUGUGAAAAUAUUGGAGGAAGAAGAUCCAGGAUGGUAUUCAAGGGCAGCAAACUAUAUCUCAGAGCCUGUUAUAGAUGUAGAGAUGAAUCAUGAUCCAAAGGCAGAUUUAUCCAUCAAGAAUGAAAUUAGUUUACCUGAAACAAAAAGCAUUCCUACUGAAAAUGGGAACUCUGUAGAAACUCAUGAUAAAGAUAUAAUGGUGGAAGGAUUUGGAUCUGUUAGUGUUUAUGAUCAAUGGGUUGCCCCUACUGUAUCUGGGACCCGCCCAAAGCCCAGAUAUGAGCAUGCAGCAGCUGUUAUUGAUGAUAAAAUGUAUGUAUUUGGUGGAAACCAUAAUGGGCGUUACCUAAAUGAUCUUCAAACACUUAAUUUACGAAAUUGGACAUGGUCAAAGGUUGAAGUCAAACCAAAUUCCGAGGCUCCAGUCAUAGUAACUCCUUGUGCAGGGCAUUCUUUGAUACCUUGGGAAGGGAAUAAGCUUAUAUCAAUUGCAGGACAUUCAAAGGAUCCUUCUGAAGUUGUUAAUGUGAAGGCAUUUGAUCUGCAAACGAAUACUUGGUCAACUAUGAAGACCUAUGGAAAACCUCCUGUUUCACGUGGAGGUCAAUCAGUUACAGUUGUGGGGGGUACUUUAGUCAUUUUUGGUGGACAAGAUGCAAACAGAACUCUCUUGAAUGACCUUCACAUUCUAGACUUAGAAACCAUGACCUGGGAUGAAAUUGACACAAUAGGUGUGUCACCUUCUCCAAGGUCUGAUCAUGCUGCAGCUGUGCAUGCAGAGAGAUAUCUUCUAAUAUUUGGUGGUGGAACUCAUGCAACAUGUUUCAAUGAUCUUCAUGUUCUUGAUUUAAAAACUAUGGAAUGGUCAAGGCCAAGUCAACAAGGAGAGAUACCAAGUCCACGAGCUGGCCAUGCUGGCGUCACAGUUGGCGAGAGUUGGUUCAUUGUGGGUGGUGGUGAUAACAAGAGUGGAGUUUCGGAAACCGUUGUCCUUAACAUGUCUACUUUGUCUUGGUCGGUUGUAACAACUGCUGAAGGACGUGUUCCUCUUGCCAGUGAGGGGUUGAGUUUGGUGUUGAGCUCAUACAAUGGUGAAGAUGUUUUAGUUUCUUUUGGAGGAUACAAUGGGCGAUACAACAAUGAGGUGAACUUACUGAAACCAAGUCACAAAUCAACUUUGCAAGCAACUAUGUCAGCAACACCUGCCCUUGAUAGUGGUUCUGGUGUACAAAAUGCAACAAAUGGCACUAGAGAUGUUGAGUUAGAGUUUGAAGGUGGUCAAGAUGGAAAAAUUAGGGAAAUCAGUAUGGAUAAUAAUAAUAAUCAUAAUGAACCACAGACAAAUGAAGUUGAGGAAGUGAGUGAAGGUUUCAUAUCUAGGCUUAAGACAGAAAAGGAAGAACUAGAAUUGCAACUUAAUAAGGAAAAAUCACAAUCACUUGAACUUAAACAAGAACUCAUAGAAGCUGAAUCCAAGAACACAGAAUUAUACAAGGAACUUCAGUCUGUACGUGGUCAACUUGCUGCAGAACAGUCAAGAUGUUUUAAACUAGAGGUGGAUGUUGCUGAGUUGAGACAAAAGCUACAAACAAUGGACACAUUACAGAAAGAACUUGAAAUCCUUCAAAGACAAAAGGCAGCUUCAGAGGAAGCUUAUGCGAAACAAAAACAGAGCUCAGGUGGAGUAUGGGGUUGGCUAGCCGGGCAGCCGCCCCUACCUGCCCAAAAACCAAAUAACGGUUCAUAAUUUAGAUACAUACUCUGAUUUUAUUAUGUUCUAAAUCCCUUUGAAAUUCAUCAUCC